AUGUUCACCCGAACCUUUCUAGCUGCAUCACAUGUUUUAAAUGACCUGCUAGCUUCGGGCGAAAUUAGAGCGGAGCAGGCAGACAGUGCAAAAGCAAAGUACACCCAGCUCCAUGGCGCGCUGGUCAAGGCAUUGCAGACGGAGAAGGACCUGCUCCUGCAGGCCAAGGCGCUUAAGCGACAGAAAGAGGACCAGGAUACCGCAUUAGCCGGGGUUGGCGGCCUUCCGGGGCUCGGUGUGGGAGCAGAUGACAUCGAUCAGCUGCGUGAGGAUGUGGAGGCGGCCCUUAGCGAAGCAGCACUUGCGCAGGAGCGGCAGCAAUUGUUGCAGUUGGAGGUCACCGACUUGCAGCGGCAGCGCAACGAACUGGGCGCUCGUAUGGAGGAGCUGGCGGCGGAGCAUGCGGCAGCGUUGCAGCCCCUGAUUAACCAGGCUCGCGGCGAAGCAGCGGCACUGACGGAUGAACUGGACGAGGAGCGGCGGCGGGUGGAGGCUGCCAGGCAGGAGCUGGACGAUGCCAGGACUCGGUUGGCCUCCGUGCAAGCCGACAUCGCAUCCCUUUCCGAGGCGAAGGCGGUGGAGCGGGCCAACCUCGUCAAGAUUGACCCGCUGCCUGACAAGGCGCGGCGCCAGGCGGACGCGGUUGGGUCUAUACUGAAGAGUGUACAGGUUGGUGGGCAUGGAACUAUUGCGUCUGAGGCUUUGGGGAUUCAAAACGGAAUAACAUUACCGCACCGAAAGAACAGCAAGAUGUACCAUAACUUGAGGAACGCAUGUGGCCAAGUAUGUCAGCCAGGGAAUUUCUGGUCUCUCUUCAGAAUGGCCUUGAGGGUAGCGGCGGGUCAGCUGGACAGUAUGAACGCACGCCUGGCGGAGCAUGAAGCUCAAUAUCGGACUGCAGCGGCCCGCGAGCGCGAACUGCAGGAAGAUCACAGCAAGAUGCUCGUCUCGCUGGAUCGGGGGAGAGUGCAGGUUGAGGCCAAGGCGCGGCAUGCGGAUGACAUCCGAAAGGACGUGGAGCUUGCGUCCAUAGAGGCAGACAAGAUUCUUACGGACCAGGUGGAGCUGGAUCUGCGGAUAAAGAACUUGGUGGUUGAGCUGAAGGCUGAAAGCGACCAUCUGAACCGGCGGCAGCGCGAAAAGGAGCUGAUGCUGCGGCAGUAUCGCCUCACGGAGCAGCAGCUCAAGGACGCGCGUGACAUGCUGCCCAACCUGAAGUUCCAGGUGGAACAGCUGCAUCGUGAUGUGAAUACGCUGGAGGCCCGCCGUAAGUCUCAGUCCCGGGAGUUGCAGGAGAUAAAACGAGAACUGGACAUCCAAAUGGCCGCGUUCUUGCACGAGGAGGCGGACGGCAAGGGCAAGGUGGCACUGUUCCAGCUGACGUUCAAGGAGGUGGCGCUGUUGGAGUCGGAGCUGGCGGCCCUGAAGCGGGAAGAGGCCGAACGGGAGAUGAUCCUGCGGGAUCUGGGCAGCCAAAGGGACAGGAUUGCGCUGUCUAUUGCUCAGCGGCUCAGAAAGGUGAAGGACGUGCAGAUGACGAGUCGCAUCAAGGAGGUUGAACUGGCAGAGCUGAAGAAGAUCCGGAAAGAGGUCGGGCGCCGGAUUAGGGACUUCGAGAAGUUGUACGACCUUGUCAAGAACCAGCGCAACAAGUUUGUCAACCUCAUACAGGCCGCCAGCCAAAGCACCACCGAGAUGAAGGACAAGCUGAAGGUGCUGCAGAAUGAGCUGGACAUUUUGCAAAACGAAGUGGGCAUCAAGGACAAGCUGCUCCAGCAGCAGCACACACAGCACCAGGCUAACAUUGCGGAGCGAGACCAGCUGCGGGUAGAGCUAGGCAGGUUAGGGAUGGUUUUCCGGGACAAGCAGACCGUGGUGGACGAGCAGAUCAGUGAGGUCGACAAACUGAAUGCCAUUAUCAACGGCUGCGAGAAGGAGAUGCUGCGUCUGAAGAAGCAGUACGAGCUCGUCAUUGAGGCGCGGAACUACACGGGCAUCAUGCUCAUUGACCGAAACGACGAGUUGUGCGUGCUUUACGAGAAGGCCAACAUCCAGGAGGAGGUCAUCCGGGGCGGCCAGCUGGAGCUAAGGCGCCGCGAUGACGAAGCCAGGUUGUUGCGCCUGGAGGUUGCGGAGCUGGAGCGAUCUAUCGCUGUGAUGCGGCGGCUGGUGCCUAGCGUGCCGUUGCUGGACACGGACGUGGCAGCCCUGCAGAAGGAGCUGUUUGAGGCGCGGCGUGAGGCGGAGGCGCUCAGCUUGGCCCUUGAGAACCCCUCCAACCAAAGUCGAUGGCGGAUGUUGGAGGGCAAGAUACCGGAUAGGGAGGAGCUUAGCGCUAAAAUCCAGCGUGUGGGGUACACGCGCCUCGUUGCUGCCUUCCAACAGCGCUGGGAAUACCGCACUGCGGGUUACUCGUCUAGCUUGCCCGCAGACGUCCUGCUUACCUGCCUGUCUAUUUCGGACAGCCUCCAUUGGGCCCUCUCAGGGCUCGCAUUGGAAGAGCGGCUGAAUGAUAAGAAGGAGCAGCUGCUGGAGAAGGAGCUUAUCCUGGAGGAGAUCACCAGCCUCUCUGACAAGCUCCGGGUUCAGGCGGCCGAGGGCAGAGCAGACACAUUGGAACUGGCCAAGCGGGUGAAUGAGUACCAAUCCAAGCUGCGUGCUGUCACCCGGAAGAUCAUGGCGACGGUUUCGGAGCUGUCCAUGUACCAGGCAAGCGCUCUUAAACUGGGUGCGGAGAAGGAGGAGCUGGAAUCAGCGGUGUCGUUGGCGGCCCAACGUCUGGAGGCGGGAGAGCCUCCCACAGACGACACCGAGCGCGAGUGGGCCAGGAUUGAGAGGGAGCGGCAGACGCUGGAGAUCCUGGCGGACGAGCGUAAGGCGAUCGCCGACGCUCUGGAUGGCCACACCAGUCAAGUGCAGUCGACAGCUGACCCACGGCCCAACGCGUACAUUCCCGAGAACUUGGGUAUCCCGAAGCCUUACGGAUCUUUCGCACCGUUCAAGCCGCAGGAGCCUGGAUCCACAAUGCGCCAUAUUCGGAAGCCUGUGCCGAAAGAGAUUGUUAUAUAAGGGGCAAGGACGGAGGAUGGUUUGCCGGCUAGGGUCUGGCGGCUUAAGGCCAUAUCCAACUGCGUUAGGGGACAUCGCCUAUGUCAAAGCAGUCACCUACAUGGAGCGGUGUGUAAUGCCAGAUGGUUUGCACGGCAACCAACCUACGCGCAUUCUUUGGCAUCGUGGUAUCCCGCUGCACCAAGAGCCACAGUGCCAGUCUUGCGGGGUGAUGCCGUAGAAGCCUUUGAGGCGGGGGCUGCAUGAGAGAAGGGGAUUUAGGUAGAAGGGUUUUAGAGGGGACCAUCUUGGAUCAUCUUGGACGGCGUGUAGGGGCCUGAAUCUCCAGGACUUUGCGUGUGUGGGCGAAUGCAGUGUGCGCAACAGACUUUACCAUGGCCAUAUCCACGGCGACGUGGAGCAUUGGUAUUAGCAGUACAGGUUAUGCAGCACCAGUUUUGGCAGUAGCAGUAUCAUCGCUGGGACCCAACUUGCAGACGCGUAAAACUGUAUCACCCAUUUUUACCCAUAGGUUGUGUUGCGCUGAUGGACACGCUCCUGAUUUGCCUGUUCGUGGUAUCUUUCGCCUUAUCACCUCGGAUGGAAGGCGCUUGAGACAGAAAGAUCUGAUAGUUUCCGGGCCGUAGGCGUCUGAGGCGCCUCGUGUCAGACAAGCUGCGGGGCAAUGCGGCACGGCCGUUCAGAAUCCUGCACUAGAGCGGGGCAAUUUGUAAUUGGCAGCCGUCUG